AUGAUUGAUUCUGGUGCUUAUGGUCAAGUUAUAUUAGCAUAUGAUUAUUUAUUUCAAAUUUGUAUACGAUGGUAUCGUGCAUCUGAAUUAGUGCUUUGUGAUGGAACUUAUACAUCAGCAAUGGAUAUGUGGUCAGUAGGUUGUAUACUUGGUGAACUUAUAUGUGGUCAACCAGUAUUUCCUGGGCGUCAUUAUUUAGAUUAA